ACAGAAUUAGACCAAAGAUAACAAAUCAUUCGGUUUUCCAUAAAAUGUGGCCAUUGGUAGGAAUAGUAGUUUUAUGUUUUAAGAUAUGCCUCGUCUGUGCGUAUAGGCCAGUUUUUAUUUACCAUGGCAUUCUCACGGGAGCCCCUAGCAUGGAGCAUUUAGUGGCCAGAAUUCAGCAACUUCACCCAGAUACGGUUGUGUACAACUUCGAGCGCUUCGGCGGUUGGUCUAGUUUGGAAAACGCAUGGCACCAGGUGCUGGAAGCGAAUAGCAACCUUCAGGCGGUGUGUGCCCUCCACCCGGACGGAAUCAACAUGAUUGGUUAUUCCCAAGGUGGCCUUCUUGGUCGAGCAGUACUCCAAACGUACCCAAACCACUGCGUCCGGACGUUCAUUUCCCUGAGCUCACCGCAGGGUGGUCAAUUCGGAGACGACUUUCUGCACCUUAUCUUCCCUUCGCUGGUGGCCAAAACAGCGUACCAACUUUUUUACACGUACGUCGGGCAGCACACGUCCGUUGCAAACUACUGGAACGAUCCGCAUCACCAGGAUCUAUUCGAGGAGUACAGCAUUUUCCUGCCGUACGUCAACAAUCGACUACUUUCGGCCAACUCGACGCAGUUCCGCGACACUUUGCUACGGCUAGAGCGACUGGUGCUGAUAGGAGGCCCCGAUGAUGGAGUUAUCACGCCGUGGCAGUCGAGCCACUUUAGCUUCUACAACGAAUCUUACGAUGUGGUGCCUCUGCAAGAAACCACUCUCUACACGGAAGAUCUGAUCGGAUUGAAGACGCUGCACGACGACGGAAGGUUAGAUGUGAUAGAGCGGCCUGGCGUGCACCAUUAUCAGUGGCACAGAUCGGACGUUGUGAUCGACAGCGUGAUUUUGCCUUACCUCGACUGAGUGCAUUCUAAACGAUGCAGUGUAUUUCCCAAUCCGGAACACAGCUUAAGAAGCAUAUAUUUUGUCGUUAGCCUAGAAGAGAGUUAAGCCCAGGGAAAAAU